UCUGUCUUCUAAAGCUUUUGCUUAGCUUAGAUACUCUGCACCUCUACUGUCUGUGUUCCACAAAAAACACAUUAGUCUCUCUCUCUCUCUAUCUCUCUCUCUCUCCGACCAUGGAGGCAACCUCAAAAUGUUCGCCGGAAUCAACCACCUCCGGCGACGUCUCAGGGAAGUUUAUGGACCUCUUGAGGGAACACGACGACGAUGACGACGCCGCCGAGCUCUUCCCGGAGAUUCCCAUUAAAGAAGAAUUGAUAGAGGAGGUGAUGCAAGAGCUUUACAAGGAGAUAACUUAUACCUCCGAUUGCUACACCAACAUAUCAUCGUCGCCGGCGACUAUGCCUUCGCCGUCGUUGGCAGCGUCGUUUGUGGUUGGCAAUGGGAAGAGCGAAAGCUGCGGGGCAUCGGUGUCUGACUCGGCGUCGACGGUGAUGGUGGGGGUGGAGUUUGUGGGAUCCGGCGAGAGGUUGGGCGGCGUCAAAAAGACGGAGGUUGGAAAUGGUUCGUCGUCGUCGGCUGUGGGGAAGGGUUAUGGGGAAGGAGAAGUGGACGGCUGUAAUAGCGUGGAGGUGGAUGAUGAGUGGCUGGCAAGGGUUCUGAGUUGGGGCCCAGUGGAACUUGAGCCGUGGAUUUGAUAUGAAUCAUGCAUGAACGAGUGUGUUGUGGGGUCUUUUACUUAGGCACAUGUAGUCAUAGGUCCACAGCGCGGACUGAAUAUGAAUACCUUUUUAAGUUAUAUAAUUACGUUUCCUUGAUUAGGCAGGGUAUUGGCUUAGCCAUAACAAGGUUGCUCAAAAGAGUUUAGUUUUUUGUGUAUGUAUGGAUUCUGUGUGUGAUAUCCAAAAUCCCAACAAAAUUACUCUUUCUUUU